AUGGAACCAGAGAAUGAAACGCAAACUUCCAAAUUUCUUCUUCUUGGAAUUUCAGAGGAUCCCAGCUUGCAACCCUUCCUCUUUGGACUAUUCCUGUUUAUGUAUUUGGUCACUCUGAUUGGAAACAUGCUCAUCAUCGUGGCCACAAUCUCAGACUCCCACUUGCACACACCCAUGUACUUCUUCCUCUCUAAUCUGUCCUUUGCAGACAUCUGUUUCACUUCUACCAGCAUUCCAAAGAUGCUCGUAAACAUUUGGACAAAAAGCAAGGUCAUCUCCUAUGCAGGCUGCAUUACUCAGGUAUACUUUUUCAUAGUCUUUGGGGUUUUGGACAAUUUCCUCUUAGCUGUGAUGGCCUAUGAUCGCUAUGUUGCCAUCUGUCAUCCCCUGCAGUACACGGUCAUUAUGAACCACAGGCUCUGUGAGUAUCUGGUGCUAGGGUCCUGGAUCACAACUGCUUUAAAUUCGUUGCUACAAACGUUAAUGGCAUUAAGGCUAUCUUUCUGUACAGACUUGGAAAUCCCACACUUUGUGUGUGAACUUAAUCAGUUGGUCCUUCUUGCCUGUUCUGACACAUUUGCUAAUGACAUGGUGAUAUAUUUUGCAGCUGUGCUGUUGGGUGGUGGUCCACUUUCUGGAAUUCUUUACUCUUAUGCUAAAAUAGUUUCUGCCAUACGUGCAAUCUCAUCAGCUCAGGGGAAGUACAAAGCAUUUUCCACCUGUGUAUCUCAUCUCUCUGUUGUUUCUUUAUUUUAUUGUACACUUCUUGGUGUUUACCUUAGUUCUUCUGUUACACAAAACUCACACUCAACUUCAAGAGCUUCUGUCAUGUACAGCAUGGUUACUCCCAUGUUGAACCCAUUCAUAUAUAGUCUGAGAAAUAAAGAUAUAAUGGGAGCUCUGGGAAGAUUCUUCAAAUUAAAGCCAUAA